AUGGAUCCCGCCACUACCAAGGUCAUACUUGGGCUCCAUCGCGAGGACCUGAACGCCGCUCUCCAGAGUCUGUCUAAGACCAGCCAUGACGACCGCGAAGGGGCCGCUUUCGCCGCGUUCCGCGAUCAGCUACUGGGGGAGUGGAACAAGUUACACGAUGCAGUCUUUACGCUCAUCAUCGUUCGGGAGGACAACGCUGUUCGAGAGGCCUUUACGCAGCACUCGGGUGAAGCGCAGCAGGCUGAUCGCAACUACGAGAUGGCUUGCAGAUUUGCAGGUCUGCCGGUGCCUCAACGCCCUGCGGUAUCGAACGAUCACGGAGCACACAGAAUCGCAGCAGAUAAGCAGUCCGAAGGCGUGAACGGCAGGACACUCGCUCAAGAAGCUCCCCGCUUCAGCUCCGUUGGGACGCAAACGGCACCUACCAAGACCAAGCCUCCUGCCGGAAACAGCUGGUGGCCUGCCUUGUCAUUGAACAGUUUCAAGCGUGCGCGCGUUGAAGAUGCGGAUGAUGGAGACAGGAACUCAUUCACACCAUACACGCAUGAAUUUACACUCAAGAAACGGACCGCCUGCGUUGAGCCUGCAGCAUUUAGGGAGGAAGUCGACGGGCGAACCAAGCGAACCAAGCUUGGAUCAGAGGCCAGCACUACUCUUACCAAUGCUACCGCCAAUGUCGCCUCGUCCGGCACAAUCGGCAAUGAAGAUCAUGGUCUCCUUGCAGCCGGAUCCGGCACUAUCAUGUCUCGCAAAUGUUCUGCGUCUUCAAUGCAAGAACACUAG